UCGAGGCUACGUCCAACCGCGGUCGACGCUCGUCUGCUCCGUCGGUAAGGGCGAUCCCUCGACGCAUCGGCUAUUCGCUGUUAAUUUAUAACCGCCCCUCCCGGUAAUAAUUCUCAGUGAAAUUGGAGAUUUCCACGAAUCUUACUAGACAUUUAAUGGAAAUGUGGAAUAAUAUGGGAAGCUGAAAUUAAAAAAAAAAACAAAAUGGAGUGUCGAGAUAUUUACAAUGGUUAAAAUCUGAAGAACGGACGCUUAUCUUUAGGACAGGGGUAACGAAAAGUGACCCUCUUAAAAAGUGAAGAAGAAAGCGAAGAAGCAAUUCUGGGGAGAGGUUAAUAUUUAUGAUAAUCGAAGUAUCCAGGAGGAAAAGUUACUUUCAGGAACCGGGAAUUGUGAGUAACGGGACGAUACGAGGAGUUAAGGAAGAGGGAAAAAGUCAGUCUCUUCGUGGCGAUGAAGAAACGAUGAAACGGACUCCGGUGAUUGAUAUCCCAGGAUUUUUGGUAUGGCACUUAAAAUAUUUCUGAUUGUCGAAAUAUGGAGAAAAGAAUUAUGUUUAAGAGAAGAAACUAUGCAGUGGACCGGAGGGAUCGUAAUUCCGAAUUUUUGGACGACUCUUUCGCAUCGGUAGGAUCGAUUGGACCUGUACUUGUUGCAAGGAGCUUAGAAACUUUUUGUCAUUUAUAUGGGAAAUAAAGAGGAGAAAGUGUCGAGUUAUUAUUUAUUUGCCCCGAGUUUUCGAGUCGUGGCGGAAGGUGGGACCAGGCGAUACGGAAGCAAGAGAUACGUGUAUCAACGACCGCAGGAGUAGAAACACUCUGUGGAGUAAUCCGUUGAGUAAUCGUAAACUCGGCGUAAUUGAGCGAAUCUCAUUGAAGAAAAAAGGCAAAACACCGCGAGCUGAUAGAAGAGAAAAUGGAAGACCGCGAGUCGAACUCAAUGAGACUCGUCCGAAAAAUGUAAAAAAUUCCAAAAAUUCUGACGGAUCAAUCGCAAAGCCCGUAAAUACCAAAAUACAUCUCGAACACCAAGAAAGUGUUAAUCGAAUUGAUAAAGAAGUUCCUAAAAAAAAGAAGUGUUCCUCUGUCCCUCGAUGAUCAACGACGAGGAACUUGGAAUAAAUGAAUGGCACUGAAUUUGAAGAAAAAAUAAAUAAAUAAAAAAACCUGGGAUUACUCGAGAGGUACUAUCCGUGAUUUCCUCCGAGAUACCAUCGAUAUCUCGAAGAUACCUAAAUGGCGCAGUAAGCAUUCUUCGAGAUCGAUAUCGAUGAUAUUUCCAGUACUUGACUACUUGACUGUCAUCGUUUGUGGUACCUAUAUAGUGAACGUUACUCGGCACUUACACUCCAGAGACUCGAGGCAACUGUGAAAUAUUUACACAAUUCGUUUUACUCAAAAUCCACCUUAUCAAAGGAAGACAUUUCACCCCGAAAGGCUGAUCUCUUCGAUCCUGGAGAACAUCCCGAAAACGCCAUGACGGACGACCGCGACUUCAAUAGCCCGAGUAUCCAGCAACAAAUGCUGGAGCUCCAGGCUAGGCUCUGCCAUAAUGGGACCUCGACGACCUCAGGUUGGUGCCCCAAGACUUGGGAUGGCAUCCUUUGCUGGCCUCAGACGGCUCCUGGGGAAAUGUCCGCCCUGCCUUGUCCUCGUUACAUCGCGGGGUUCGAUCUUCAGGCAAACGCCACGAGGCAGUGCAUGUCCAGUGGAGAGUGGUUCUGGAGUGCGGACACCAACAGUACGUGGAGCAAUUAUACCCAAUGCUACAGUGCCCAAUUGGUGACGGUCCUCAUGGAUCUGCCGGAAGUACAGUCCGACAACGUGACCCUGAUCAAGAAAUAUCUUCCCGUUGUAAAAGCCAUUUCAAAAGUUGGGUACACCGUGUCCUUCUCUACGCUGAUCGUCGCCUUCUUCAUCCUGGCUGCCAUCAAGAAACUGCGCUGUCCCAGGAAUAUGUUGCACAUGCACCUCUUCGUGUCCUUCAUGAUGAGAGCGUUCAUGGCACUGCUGAAGGACAUUCUCUUUGUCUUUGGCUUCGGCUUGUCGUCGGAUGUUUUGGUGAAGAAUGGCAAAAGCUACUUGCUAGUGGACGAGGUGGAAAGUAACUGGCAAUGCAAAGUCGUCACCAGUCUCUGGCAGUACUUUAUCCUGGCCAAUUACUCCUGGAUUCUUAUGGAAGGACUUUACCUCCAUAGUCUGGUCUUCCUUGCCCUUUUCACCGACUCCAAUUCCAGCAUCACAGGAUACGUCGUCUUAGGCUGGGGCCUACCGGCAAUCUUCGUGCUGCCUUGGGUGGCCUUGAGAGCAUCAUUGGAAGACAUCUACUGUUGGACCACUAACAACAAUUCCCUCCUCUUCCUAGUGAUCCGAGUGCCCACGAUGUUGUCGAUCCUGAUCAAUUUCGUGCUCUUCGUCAAUAUCGUCAGGGUGCUCCUAUUGAAACUGAAGUCCACGGUGUCCGAGGAGACUCAGAGAUACAAACGUUGGGCCAGAAGCACGCUGGUCCUGGUUCCUCUUUUCGGAGUCCACUACACGGUCUUCCUGGGAAUGUCUUACAGCAUCGGAGUGAACGAGAAGGUAGAACUCGUCUGGUUGUUUUGCGAUCAGCUGUUCGCUUCGUUCCAAGGGUUCUUCGUGGCGGUCCUGUACUGCUUCAUGAACGGUGAAGUACGAGCAGAGGUCUCAAGGGUGAUCCGAAGCAGGAAGUGCCCACGGUUUCGAAGUGGACGUUGGGGUCAAAGGCAGUCGACUCAUUCCAGCAGCACGUGCAGCUGCAACGCGACAAAGCUGGGCAGGCAAUCGCAAGCCCAGAGGUGGUGGUCCAAACCAUGGCUCUGUUUUUUCCACCCUAGGGACACCCGACGUUCCACCCACUCGAUGGCGAGUACACAAGAUAUCGGAACACGCGGUGGUAGUUUAGCGAGCAGCCGUGGUUACCUAGACAUCAUUAAGGCUGGCCAAGAAUCGACAGCGGGAAAUCAAAGUCAAACCCUGAAUCACACGUCACCUCUGUGUAGCAAAUACACGGAUCAGUCGCUGCUCUCGUUCUGCUCGAACAUGUCGGAGAUGUCCGUCUAUGCGGCUGCUGCGGCAGACAGAGCUGAGAAUAUCAGGGAGCAACACAGAUGGAGCGACUCCGAGUGCUGUCACCUUGCUUACGAAUUGCACAAUCUUCAGCAACACGUCCAUCCGUAAAGUUCCUUCUCCUUAGAGAUCGGUCUUCUCUAAAGAACUGAUUUAAAAGAAGAGUUACCUAAGUGUAAUCGACUUCCGAGAUGUUAGUCGACGUGUCUCCCAGUUACCCAUGCCAAAGUUGAGUCACUUUUUUCUGCUAUUUAAAACGCUGGACGUUAUAAAAAUGGCACAAUAAACUGACAAUUGCGCUUCUUGAAGGUUCCAUUUAUAAGGAAUAAUUGUCGAAUAACUUCGUUUAGUAUUUAUAAUAUGAGUACACGUGUUUAUUAAUUAGAUAAGACGAGCGAGAGUGAGAAUGUGAGUCAAAGAGAAGUCACAGCAUUUUGUAAGCCGAUAAGGGGUAGAUUAGUGCUAAAAAAUGCGAUUGUUUUUACAUUCACUUUUAAAUUGAUGUCACGAAUUCCAAUGGAUACCUAAUUAAAAUGAGAUUUAACGUUGCUAAAAAAUAAAGAAGCGCAAGCCUAAUUUAUCUUAGUCAAUUUUUACACUCACUCCUGCGUAUGUGUCAGAACUGAAAUUGUACCGAUAUAGAAGUUAAUUCAUGUUUCAAAGUUGAUACUGCAAACAAACUUUCUUGUGUUUAGCAUCGAUAUUUUUCAUACAGCAGCCUUUACAUUUAUCUAAAUAAAAUUAUUCCAAAAGGAAUCACUACUUUAAACGUCUUAAAUGUGGUAAUGAUAAUUGAAAAGUAAUCAUUGUUAAGUAAUAACAAGCGAAAUAUAUGCCAGAUCGAGCAGGUCUCUGUGACUGGUACUUCCAUAGAACUAAAGUGAUAAAACGUGUAAUAUCAGUGUUAAAAUUAUGAUACAGUGAAGCACUCCUGUAGUUCAUGUAUUCGAGAAGCUUAUAACGUGUAUGAACUAGGGUGUAUUUUAAGCUGCUUUGAAGAUAACAAAUGGACCAUUAUAAUGGAAA